AUGAAGCUCAUCGACUCGGUCGUGAGGAGCUUCAAAGUGGCGAAGGUAUUCCGCGAGAACACGGACAAAAUCAAUGCGAUCGACUUUUCUGCCAAUGGCGAAAUGUUGAUAUCGUGCAGCGAGGACGACCAAAUCGUGCUGUACGAUUGCGAGAAGGGUACCCAGAUACGGACGGUGAACUCGAAAAAGUACGGCGUCGAUCUGAUACACUUUACACACGCCAACAACACGGCAAUACACAGCUCGACCAAGGUGGACGAUACGAUCCGGUACCUGAGUUUGCAUGACAACAAAUACCUCCGGUACUUUCCUGGCCACACGAAGAAAGUGAUCUCGCUGAAUAUUUCUCCUGUGGAGGAUACGUUUCUGUCUGGUUCGCUUGACAAGACGCUCAGGUUGUGGGAUCUCCGUUCGCCCAACUGUCAGGGCGUGAUGCAGCUGAACGGCCGUCCGGUGGCGGCUUACGAUCCGGAAGGGUUAAUUUUUGCCGCAGGCGUUAAUUCGGAAAGUAUAAAGCUGUACGAUUUACGCUCGUUCGACAAGGGACCGUUUGUGACGUUUAAACUGAACCAGGAGAAAGAAUGUGACUGGACGGGGUUAAAGUUUUCACGUGACGGGAAAACGAUUCUCAUCAGUACGAAUGGUUCCAUUAUCCGGUUAAUUGAUGCCUUCCAUGGAACACCGCUGCAAACGUUCACAGGGCAUCUCAACAAUAAGGGUAUUCCUAUCGAAGCCUCCUUCAGUCCGGACUCGCAAUUUAUAUUCUCCGGCAGCACGGACGGACGCGUGCACGUGUGGAACGCAGACACCGGGUACAAAAUAUGCGUCCUAAACGGUGACCAUCCCGGCCCAGUGCAGUGUGUACAGUUCAAUCCGAAGUUUAUGAUGCUUGCGUCCGCCUGCACCAAUAUGGCAUUCUGGUUGCCAACUGGAGAGGAAUAA